AGCCUCGAGUGCUCUUUCUCUCUCCAAUAAAAGCAGAUUUGUUUACGAUUUCAUAAACAAGCAGAUCAUACGAACAGAAUCACUUAGUUGGCGUUCCAGAAUGCACGCGACUUUCAUCUCGGCUCUUGGGACAGUAUAUCUGCUCUACGUGUUCCUGUUCCAGGUACACCUCACGGCACAAGCCACCGUGAGUCCUUCGGUGUACGAUCCUUCGAAGGUUGACAGCACCCCGGAAAUAGGGUGCGGAAAGGGUGCUGUAAGUACUCCAAAACGGCCAAUAAAAUUUACAAUUCAAGGAAAACCGACCAGCACCAGAAAGAAUUCAACAAAUACAAAAACCACAAAAUGCGACCACAAAAAUGUUUACUACAACUAUUUAAACGGCUACCAGUACUGAUUACGAGGCCAGACGAGUCCACGAUGUCCCCCUGCACAAUCGCAAAGUCCACUGACUGACUCUUCGUUCUCGAAUCGCUUAUCACGGAGCCGUAAGCAACAGGUUUUGAGGUGCUGAACGCAUGCCCCCCAUAGGGCACUAGUUCUGUAGACUAAAACUUGUUUAAAAUCAAGGUCCUUGCACAGCAUGCUCUUAUCAAAAUGUAUGCAUUAAAAGUGUUUAAUAACAUUAAAAUGUAAAAUGUA